AUGGAUAACAGAUUCUCGUUUUCUCGAAUGUCCUUUGGAAAAGGAAAGCUCAAGAAAGUCAGCGAUAUUGCAGGAAUUGCAUCUCCUGUUGCAGACAGUAAGAAAGACAAAGAAAACUCAAAGUCCGCGAAAAAACUCGAGAAACUACAGAAAGAAAAAUUGCGAUUUGGCAGUUUGGAUGCAGAGUCAAUUAAGCCAGCCAAGAGUAAUUUUUUCAGAACGCCCUCACUUCCUCGCCGUCUUAAAUUCAAAUCGUCCGCUGAUCCAGUGACGCCAAAGAAAGGCUCUUCUUCGUCAUCAUUAGAAUCAGCUUCCGAGACAAAAACUUCCACUCUUACCCAAUUAUACAACAAAAUUGAUCAAAAUAAAGCAGCUCUCGAUAAGGCAAACAAAGAAAACACAAAUUUAAAGCAACAAAUUUCCUUCCUCGAGGAAACCGUCACACGCCUUCAAGAUGAAAAGACCGAAAUUGGUUCGACCAAAGACAAACGCAUCGCUGAGCUCGAACGUGAAAUGUCAAAUCUCAACAAAGCCGAUGAACUUUUGCAAAGCAUUGCGGAAAAAUCUCUCGAUAAAAUCCGCGAAAUGGAAGAUGAGAUGCGACAAAUGAUGAAGAAUCACGAACAACAACUCGAUGGACUUACAUCGUCAAAGAAUGAAUUGGAAACGAAAUUGGAAGAGAUUAUCAUCAACUACCAAGCGAACCAAGAUGAAAACACAAAUCUCCGUUUCGAAAAUCAAUUCUUGCGACAAGAACUAAACCAAUAUCAGUCCAUGAUGCAGUUGCAAUCGAACGAAUUGAAUGCCAAAAUUGAGGAAAUCAAGUUUUUGGAAAAGAGUAUGGAGGAAAUUAUGGAAGAAAGUGGCGCGCUCAAGGAACAAAUUCAAUUGUUGAAGGUAAAGGCUGAGGAAGACAUCAAAAAGUGCAUUGAAGAUGCCAGUAGCAAUAUGCGUGAAUUGGAAACGCUGCGACGUGAACGCAGCAAUCUCAUUAUUGACUUGCAAGAAAAGCAGGAAUUGAUCAAGGCUUUGCAUGAUGAGCUUGCUGAACGUCAAGUCGAGAUCGAUGGGCAACAAUAUGACUUCCAAGAAUCGUACAGCUUUGAGAUUCACAUGAUCACGGAAAAGUACGAAGAGCGCAUCAACAAGCUGCAGGAAAUGCACGAAAUGAAGUUGAAGGAAGUUGAGUCCGUUUUCGUGUUGGAAAAGGCAAAAAUCAUGAAAGAACAUGCUGAGGAGUUGGAAAAAUUGAAGGAAGAACAAACAUCUGAGAUUGAACGUGCCAACGAAACUGCAGCAGAAAAGAUUAAAAUUGCUGAAGUCCAAGCCGAAGAACGAAUCAAAGCUCUUGAAGCAUCGAUCGAAAGCACAGUCGCUCGCGAAAAGGCUUUGUGGCAAGUUGAGAUGGAUAAAUGCCAGAAAAUUGCCGAGACUGAAAUCAUCAAGUGUGAAUUAGAAAAACGUGAUCUAAAGUCAUUGUUGGAAGCCACCAACCAACUCUUGAAGGAACGUGACGAAGCUAUUCAAGACUUGCAAUGCCAAAUUCUCUCUACUUCGGGCCCCGCGCACAAAGUCAAGGAAGAGUACGACAUGAAGUUGAAAAAUGCCUUGAAAGAAGCCGCCAAACUGAAAACUGAGAAAUACAAUUACCAACUCACCCUCAGCAAUACCCGUUCCACAGUCAAUAUUCUCAUGGAGCGUCUCAAGAAGGCCGAUAGCGACGUCGAGAUCUUGAAACAGGAAUUGGACCAACAAGCUGCCUCGAAAAUCGAACUCGAAGCUGCCAAUCUCAAGUUGCAAGAUGACGUCGAAGAAUACAAAAAGGCACUUGCUGCACUCACAAACUCGUCACGCGCAUUGGAACAACAAUUGCGCCAAAAGGAACAGGUAUACGAACAACUUAUGGCAUCGGAAGAAGAAGCCGUAACAGCUGUCACCCAAAUUGGACAACUUUUCAGUAGUCGCAUCGACGAAAACAUGUCCAAGUACUUGGAGAUGUACGAUGAAAUGAAGAAGAAAUACGAGGCACGUGAAUCGUACAUUCGCGACAUGAAAUUGCUCAUGGAGGAAUUCGCGACAGGCAUUGAAUUGGCACGCAUCGAACUCGACACGAAGGAAAAGAAGUUGUUUGAGCUCGAGCAAGAGAACAAAGACAUCAAGUUGGAAAACAUGACGUACAAGUUCAAGUGCGAGCAAUUCGAAAAGUAUCAGUCAAAGAGCUCCUCGGAUGCCACAGACUUCACCAAAGACACCCAAACCAAUACUAUUUCAUGUGAUGAUGAGAACCUAGUUUCCAAUAAAAUUAUAGAGAAUAUUAUUAACCAAUUAGACAAAGAUGCCGAGCAAACGAUCCCCAACAAGGAUGGCGAGGCCGAGAACCAAACCAACACUAACGAUGAAAAGUUAGAGAUCCUUAAUGAAAUUAUCACAAAUGAGAGCAAUAAAAUUAUCGAAGAAAAUCAACUUUUGAAGGAAAAGUUACGCACCUGUGAAGAUCGUCUUAAGAUUCUCGAAGAAUUCGCCAACGACACUUCCAGCAAAUACAAAGAGCUCCUUGAACAACAAAACAACAAGACCAAACUUAAGGACACAAAUCUCAAAGAAAUUAAUGUUCAUUUGAAGAAUAAAAUCGCCAAAUUGCAAGAAAUGAACAAAAAGCAAGAAUCCACAAUCAUGGGAUUGCAGGAGCAGAUUGAACAAUCGUUCAACUCGCCUCACAAAUUGAACAUUUCCGCCAAAUUUGGCAGUCCACGUACACCAAAGAGUCUCAUGUCUGUCUUCGCAGGCAAGGAGAACCAAUCACCCAUUCCAGGCGGUAUGGUGUCGAGUCCCAAGUCGAAUGUACUCAAACCUAGAAAUAAUUAAGCACAGAGAAACAUCUGGUUAAUCCCUUCUUAUGCUGGUUAUUAAGAUCUU